CGCAUCGCGUUUCACCUGCAGUUGUGAGCUCGAGGAUUCGGUACAGAGUUGAUCAGUGAGGAGCUUUGUAUUGCAUACGAAACAGUAUAGGGACAUCCUAGAAGAAACACCAGGGAAAUAAAAAAAAGAAAAACCGAGUCCCAGCUCAAGCUGCUGCUGCGUGCUUGCAAAAUGAAAAUUGUUUUUCUUAUAUUGCUGAUGAACGCCUUGUUAUUUGGCACAUCUUGGGGGAAUUAUGGAGACCUUACAUCUAAACCGCCGUGUCGAGCUGGAUUUUCAGAAAGUUUUUAUACAGUGCUGGUUUCAAGGGAGAUAUUGGAAGGUCAGAGCAUUCUCAAAGUGAAGUUUAAUGACUGCCAGAAGAACGAGAAUGUUGGGUAUGAAAGCAGUGACCCGGAUUUCAAGGUGCGCGCAGAUGGCUCAAUCUACGCGGCACGUGAGGUAGCAAGCCUGUCGCGGCCAGUUCAGUUCACGGUGACGGCCCAAGGUGCUGCCGACCCACGAACAUGGGAGACGACAAUCAGACUGGCCGUGGCAGGACAGGAGACAGCACCGCCUGAGGAGCAAGAGCUAACGGGGAAGGAGAACGUACCCCCAGAGUCGGAUCCGCAGCCGACUCACACUCUGUUUCCGUGGAAACAGCAGCUGAGCUCCAAUGGGCUGAGACGGCAGAAGCGAGAUUGGGUCAUCCCGCCAAUCAAUGUGCCAGAAAAUUCCAGAGGGCCCUUCCCCCAAAUGCUUGUCAGACUGAGAGCUCACGCAGUGGACAUGAAUGGAAACAAAGUGGAGAACCCCAUUGACCUGUACAUCUACGUGAUUGACAUGAACGACAACAGGCCAGAGUUCCGCAACCAAGUUUACAAUGGCUCAGUGGACGAGGGCUCCAAACCUGGUUCCUACGUGAUGAAGGUGACGGCGGUUGAUGCCGAUGAUGACACCACAGCCAAUGGGAUGGUUCGAUACAGGAUCCUGUCCCAGUCCCCACACAGCCCUAUCCCCAACAUGUUUACCAUCAACAGUGAGACCGGGGACAUCGUCACAGUGGCAGCUGGACUGGACAGAGAGAAAGUUUCUCAGUACACCGUCAUCGUUCAAGCCACCGACAUGGAAGGGAACCUGAACUUCGGCCUGUCCAACACAGCCACAGCCAUCAUUAGCGUGACAGACGUCAAUGACAACCCCCCAGAACUGACUGCGAGCACGUUUUCUGGAGAGGUUCCAGAAAACAAGGUGAACAUAGUUGUUGCCAACCUGACAGUGAUUGACAGGGACCAGCCCCACACUGCAAACUGGAACGCUGUGUACCGGAUAGUGAGUGGAGACCCUUCUGGACACUUCACCAUCCGCACCGACCCGGUUACAAACGACGGCAUGGUUACCGUGGUGAAGCCAGUUGACUAUGAGAUGAACAGAGCCUUCAUGUUGACUGUAAUGGUCUCCAACCAGGCCCCCUUGGCCAACGGCAUCCAGUCCUCCUUCCAGUCCACCGCGGGGGUUACUAUUUCAGUGAUGGACGUCAACGAGGCACCUUACUUCUCAUCCAACCCCAAGCUCAUCCGCUUCGAGGAGGGGGUCCCCUCUGGGACAGCCCUCAGCACCUUCUCCGCCACAGACCCUGACCGCUUUGUGCAGCAGAUAGUCAGGUACUCCAAGCUGUCAGAUCCAGCAAAUUGGCUGAACAUUAAUGCCACCAAUGGUCAGAUCACCACCACUGCAGUCCUGGAUCGGGAGUCAGUCUAUGUUAAAAAUAACGUUUACGAGGCCACCUUCCUAGCAGCCGACAAUGGAUUUCCUGCAGCGAGUGGUACAGGCACACUUCAGAUCUACCUUAUUGACGUCAAUGACAAUGCUCCCGAGCUGCUGCCCAGAGAGGCCCAGAUUUGUGAGAAGCCCAACACCAACGCCAUCAACAUCACGGCUGCUGAUGCAGACAUGGACCCCAAUGUGGGGCCCUUCGUCUUCGAGUUGUCAAGCAGAGUGCGCCGCAACUGGACCAUCUCCCGACUCAGUGGUGACUAUGCCCAGCUGAGCCUGCGCAUCAUGUUUCUGGAGUCGGGAGUGUACGACGUGCCCAUCAUUAUCACAGACUCGGGGAACCCCCCGCUGUCCAACACCUCAGUCAUCAAGGUGAAGGUGUGCCCCUGCGACGAGAAUGGAGACUGCACCACCAUUGGGGCCGUGGCAGCAGCUGGGCUUGGCACUGGAGCCAUCAUUGCGAUCCUCAUCUGUAUCAUCAUACUGCUCACCAUGGUGCUCCUCUUCGUGGUGUGGAUGAAGAGACGGGAGAAGGAGAGACAGACCAAACAGCUCCUGAUCGACCCAGAGGACGACGUGCGAGACAACAUCUUGAAAUAUGAUGAAGAAGGCGGUGGCGAGGAGGACCAGGAUUAUGACCUGAGCCAGCUCCAGCAGCCCGAGUCCCUGGAUCACAUCAUCAGCAAGCCCCCUGGGAUCAGGAGGGUGGACGAGAGGCCUGUGGGAGCCGAGCCCCAGUACCCAACCCGACCGGUCGUCCCACACCCCGGGGACAUUGGGGAUUUCAUCAACGAAGGCCUCAGAGCUGCGGAUAAUGACCCGACAGCACCUCCCUAUGACUCGCUCCUGGUGUUCGACUACGAAGGAAGCGGCUCGACAGUGGGCUCUGUAAGCUCACUCAACUCAUCCAGCACCGGCGACCAGGACUACGACUAUCUCAACGACUGGGGCCCGCGCUUCAGGAAGCUAGCAGACAUGUACGGGGGCGGAGAUGAAGACUAAGUGACCUCAACCAGCGAGGCGAAGACGACGCUCCAGAAACCAACCAAUCAAGAGUGAGGACUGUACAGAGGCAGCUUUUUAAUCAAUGUCCCCUGCUGACAGUAAAACAAGCAAAAACAAAUGUGUUUUUUAUUUAAUUUUUUUGUCAUUAUUUUUUUUUUCUCUUUUUAGAAUUAAGCUGUCUAAUAGCAUGAAUGAAUGCUUGUUGUUUUAGCUGCAUUGUUUUGUUUCAACGCAGGCAGCAGGGAGGUGCUUUAUUUUGCUUGAAACCUUCGCUUUAUCAUUAAAAAGAGUGAAAGGCAUUCUUUCUUAUCUUGAAUUCCUUAGAACAGAAGCACUGUUGCUAAAGUGCCUUUUUUGGUGUGUUUUAUCGGUUUCCCGCUAUCUCAGGAUUGAACGUCAUUCGAAUGGCUCGGGCGGCACUCUCUCCCUCUUUGACCCUGAAAAAAAAAAAAAAAAGCAUUUGGAUGGUAACAUAAGAAAAAAAAUAUUAACAUAUAUAGUUUUAAGUUUUACAUUUUAUUUUCAGAUUGCCUUUAAAAAAAAAAAAAUAGGUAGUAAUUAAAAAGUGGUUUGUGCAACUUUUAAACAGCCAUCAUCAUGCCUGAAGCAAACACAAAAGCUAGGACAAACUGAACACCACUCCCCACCCCCCACCCCCCCGGACCCCAUUGAGGUGUCAGACGUUUAUUAAUUGUGUCUGUGAUGCAGUAUGGGGCUUUUAUUUAGUGUGUGUCUGAAUAUUCAGAACAGUAGACUAUUGAAGUCAUUUGGUAAUUCAUCCUUGCUGCUCUAAACAGUUAAGAAGCACAUUAUUGUAAAUGCAUUCAAAAUGAUGCUAUUAUCAGGUAAACAGAACCUUCUGUUAUACUUUUGGUGGCACCUAGCCAGUUCAAACAAUUUCCCAAUGCGAGUUGCUGGGGUUAUAAUAUUUGAUGAAGUAUGUGUCUAUGGUACAGCAAGCUGACAAACAUACUGUAAGGCAUAAUGUGUAUAAAUAAACACAAUGGUAUAAAUAAAUGUGGCACAGCAAGGGUCUAUUGAAUUCUAAAACAAGCGUUAUACCUUCCGCUAUACAGGGUCAUCUAGUUUAGUGGAACUGUUGUGCAUUUGAGAUUUAGGUCACUUCUGUUACCUUGCUGUGUAAACUAUCAUAUUUAACCUGUUGGGUUGCACACACUCUAUUUUAAGUCUUUAUUAAACUUUAAAAAAGGCAUGUAUUAUGUUGAAGGCACUGGAGGCCAAAUUAGUUCUGCUUCUUUGAUAUAGACCACUUUUUUGUCCUAAUAAAGUGAAGUGGGGAAAAAAGAAAAAAUGUGUAAGAAUCUGGAUGCAAAACGUGGUCUAGAGUAUGACUUUGUCAAGUGAAAAAAAAAUGCAUGAAGAUUCCAAAUGUUUCAAAGUAAAAGCUGUAAUUCUGUGGUUUGACUGGUUAACGUGGUUUGGGGGGGAGGGGGGGGAUUAUAUACUAUAAAAAAAGUAAAUGAACUGUUUUUAAGUAUUAGAGAAUAACUUCUGAACUGCUUACCUUUACUGCUCUGUGUGCCAGAAGAGUGCUGAAGUGUGGGGUCCUACUGCUGAAGGCUCCUCAAGUUCAUGGUGUGGUGUGCAAACUGCUUUUUGUCGGAUGUCAAGUAUCCAGUCCCAUGGUAGAGUCUCCCAUCAGUGACCCGCUACAGGAAAAAGACAUGGCGCCUUCACAUGCAAAUUGCUAUUGUCUUACAAUACAAACCAUUCAUAUUCCAUUGUCCACUUCAGCUUCUGUACGUUCAACUAAUUAAUGCUAGUUUUUUAUCUUCUAGAUUGGAGGAAAACCCUGGGGCUGCUUGAGCAUUCUGAAAUUGAGUUCAUGCCUCAGCUUCAGCCUCAUACAUUGUGAAUAUGCACACCGUUGCUGGGUGUUAGAUUACUGUACAGCUAGCAAGAGUAGAAGAGUCAGAGGUCUGUCAAAGUUUAUUUUAUU